GUCACUUCCGGUAGCAGAAGACAGGUGCUUGUUUUCAUUUGGUUAGCCAAUGCUGUAACAAUCAAUAUAUGUUCGUGAUGUGAAAUGAAGGAGCAUCUUCAUAAAGAAUAGUUGCCAAGCAACCACGUAUGAAUACACUCGGACUGAGUUUGAUGUUAAAAAUGGGCUGCAUUUGUGGCAAAGAAUCAAUCAACAUUGACAACAGGAACUUCUACAUUCGGUCAAGACUUGGAGAAGGAGGGUUCAGUUAUGUUGACCUGAUAGAAGAGGCACAGUCUCACAAGCUGUUUGCCCUCAAGAGAAUCACGUGUCACUCCAAGGAUGAUGAACGGGUGGCCAUGCAAGAGGUGGAGAUCAUGGGAACAUUUCACCACAACAACAUCGUGCCCCUGGAAGCUCACUGCAUGAAGCCUGUCGGACACUACACCAAAACACUCGACAUCACCAGUGAGGUGUUCAUCGUCAUGCCGUAUUAUAGGAGAGGCGGCCUACAAGACAAGAUGGAGUUCCUCACGGCCAAGUCUGAGAAGAUGGCGGAGGACAAGCUGUGGAGAAUGUUCUUGGGCAUCUGUCAUGGUGUCCGAGCUUUACAUUCAUUCAACCCUCCAUAUGCACACAGAGACCUGAAGCCGGCCAACAUCAUGAUAGCAGAUGACGAAACCCCAGUGUUGAUGGAUCUGGGCUCAGCAGCCAAAGCUAGGGUGGAUGUAAGGAAUCUCCGCGAGGCUCGGGCACUGCAGGACACGGCAGAAGAGAGGUGCUCUAUGCUGUACAGAGCCCCGGAACUGUUUAACGUGGACUCUAACGCUAAUAUCGAUGAAAGAACAGACAUUUGGAGCCUGGGCUGUGUGCUGUAUGCCAUGGCCUUCCUGGAGUCUCCCUUCGAGAAGGCAUACCAAAGAGGGGAUAGUAUCGCACUAGCUUCACUCGGACGCAAUGUUAAGUUCCCUGAAAAUUCAAGUUUCAGCAAGUCUGUGGAAGAUAUGAUUCUCUAUCUGAUGACCGUGAAUGUAAUGGAGCGGCCAUUUAUUGACCAAGUUAUUUCCCGAGUGGACAGUGUCACACAAGCAAGUGAAAACCGAGUCUGAUUGGCUCCCUUUGUCAUGUGAUCAAAGUGAUUAGUUAUUCAUAUCAUGUGACUCAUCCUUGUCCUCUGUGUCAUGUGACUUGACCGUAUGCAUCAUGUGAUCUGCCCUAACAUCCUACCAUUAACGAUGGUCUUUGUUCAGAGAACAGAUACAGUAUUCUGUCUGCUUCCUGUGAUUGUCUCUGAUGUUUUGGUUGUCUUGGUUGUGGGAGACACUGUGAUAUGGAACUUAACGGACUUACUCAUCCAUUUACAGCAUCAGAAAUUAACACAAGCCCACUGCUACAGACAAGUUAACAUGUCUCAAAAUGUAUUAAGAGUAAGUUAGGUUAACUUAAGGGUGAGAGUUGAUGGCCCAGUGGUUGGCUCCUGAUGCCUGAGACCUGGGUUCUAUUCCCAUGGAUACAAUGCAAGCACAGAUACAGAACUUUUGAAAAGGGAGGUGCACCUUAAAAUAUUAAUCUGAUAGCACAUAAUUUGUUGAACAAUUUGCAUUUGUUAUCCAAACAUUGAGAAGUUAAUAGUUUCUGUCGGAAACGUGUCUCCAGAUGAUUUAGUUAAAUGUUUUUUAAUAUGUUAAAGUGAUUAAAUGUGCUGAUUCAUGAUUUCAUCAGUUCCGUGGUCACGUGGGAGCUGUGUGAUAGGGUUGUCUUCACAGCUAGUUGAAACAACUUCUUCUUCAGCAAGACCUCACACAGCUCUUCUUUCUGUUAAGAACAAGCAGUAGAUGCAUUAAGGAGUAAUGCAGGAUAAGUAUACAAAUAUAUAAAAUAUCUAGGAUUUUACUAGGUUCCUGUUCAUAAGGACUGGUCAAUUUUUCAGACUACUAGCCUCAGGGGGUAUUACCGUAUUUCCUCAUUUAAGUGGCAGGCCACAAUUAACGUUGGGUAGUUUUUAUGCACGGAAUUCCCCCCAUUAUUAUGAUGGCAGGGGUAAAGAGUUUCUGAAAGAAAUGUCCAGGAAUUUAAUUGAGGAAAUACGGUAAGUGUUUUUAUCUGAUGCUGUUUUGAUUUGUGGUCAAUUUUGUAUAGGUUGUGUUUGUCACAUUAAAUCAAACAAUUUCAUUGGCUGUGAUCAGUAUCAUAAGUACAUGAUAUGAUAUGAAUUAUGAUAUGAAAUCAUUGUUAAUUUUGAAUGUUUUGUUUUCUUAGAAGGAUGUGAUCAAUUUGCAUAUUUGAUAGGCUUUUUUACAUAUUUAUAAUAUACUAUGUGUAUGUGCAGUGUGUUGGUAUUCGGAGAUCUCAAGUGGUAUAGCUGCACACCUGGUUGACACAAGCCAUGGUGGGGACACAGGUCAUGGUGGGGACACUGGCCACGGUGGGGACACAAGCCAUGGUGGGGACACAGGUGGGGACACAAGCCAUGGUGGGACACAGGCCAUGGUGGGGACACAGGUGGGGACACAAGCCAUGGUGGGACACAGGCCAUGGUGGGGACACAGGCCAUGGUGGGACACAGGCCGUGGUGGGGACACAAGUCAUGGUGGGGACACAGGCCAUGGUGGGGACACAGGCCAUGGUGGGGACACAAGUCAUGGUGGGACACAGGCCGUGGUGGGGACACAGGUCAUGAUGGGGACACAAGCCAUGGUGGGGACACAGGUCAUGAUGGGGACACAAGCCAUGGUGGGGACACAAGCCAUGGUGGGGACACAAGUCAUGGUGGGGACACAGGCCAUGGUGGGGACACAGGUGGGGACACAAGCCAUGGUGGGACACAGGCCAUGGUGGGGACACAGGCCAUGGUGGGACACAGGCCGUGGUGGGGACACAAGUCAUGGUGGGGACACAGGCCAUGGUGGGGACACAGGUGGGGACACAAGCCAUGGUGGGACACAGGCCAUGGUGGGGACACAGGCCAUGGUGGGACACAGGCCGUGGUGGGGACACAGGCCAUGGUGGGGACACAGGUGGGGACACAAGCCAUGGUGGGACACAGGCCAUGGUGGGGACACAGGCCAUGGUGGGGACACAUGCCAUGGUGGGGACACAGGCCAUGGUGGGGACACAGGCCAUGGUGGGGACACAAGUCAUGGUGGGACACAGGCCAUGGUGGGGACACAAGUCAUGGUGGGGACACAGGCCAUGGUGGGGACACAAGUCAUGGUGGGACACAGGCCAUGGUGGGGACACAAGUCAUGGUGGGGACACAGGCCAUGGUGGGGACACAAGCCAUGGUGGGGACACAAGCCAUGGUGGGACACAGGCCAUGGUGGGGACACAGGCCAUGGUGGGGACACAGGCCAUGGUGGGACACAGGCCAUGGUGGGACACAGGUGGGGACACAGGUCAUGGUGGGGACACAAGCCAUGGUGGGACACAGGCCAUGGUGGGACACAGGCCAUGGUGGGGACACACACAGGCCAUGGUGGGACACAGGCCAUGGUGGGGACACAGGCCAUGGUGGGGACACAGGCCAUGGUGGGACACAGGCCAUGGUGGGACACAGGUGGGGACACAGGUCAUGGUGGGGACACAAGCCAUGGUGGGACACAGGCCAUGGUGGGACACAGGCCAUGGUGGGGACACACACAGGCCAUGGUGGGGACACAGGAUAUGGUGGGGACACAGGAUAUGGUGGGGACACAGGAUAUGGUGGGGACACAGGAUAUGGUGGGGACACAGGCCAUGGUGGGACACAGGCCAUGGUGGGGACACAGGCCAUGGUGGGACACAGGCUAUGGUGGGGACACAGGAUAUGGUGGGGACACAGGCCAUGGUGGGACACAGGCCAUGGUGGGGACACAGGCCAUGGUGGGACACAGGCCAUGGUGGGGACACAGGCCAUGGUGGGACACGGGCCAUGGUGCGGACUCAGGCAUUAAGAUUUGUUCAGGAUAAUUGACAUAUGACAGUUGUGAAACAAUGAUUGCUUUCUGGAACGGGUUGCUAGAAAUAAUAAAAUAUUCCUCUAUUGAAUAAGUUUGUCAAAUCCUUUUCAUGUUUCAAGAUACAUUCAGAUCUUUUGAUAACCUUUUGUAUAAUGAUGUCAUGGUUUGAAAAAUCCUGAACGGUAACUAAGUCAUCUUACUAAAACUGUUUUGUAUCUGAUCAACUGUUUAUGGUAUAAAAACCUUCUUCAGUGGAAGGUACAACUGUCCCAAAAGAUUAACCCACUCCACUAUGCUUCCUGUAUGAAAUUCAUUGCAUUAGUGUCUGCUUUGCCAGGACUUGCUUUGAAUCAGAUUGACGCAUAUGUAAGACUUGUGUGAAAACAAACCAUGCUUGUCAGUCUGAUUCUUGGAAAUGUGUACUAUUUUAUAGUGAAAACAUCAAAUUGUCACAAUAUGAAUAUUGAUAGUUUCAAAAAAAUAACUGUAACUGCAUAAGGAAUUCUACUCAAGCCUCAACUGUUUUUCUGAAAGUUUUUGUGAAAUUCCCCCAAAAUUAAAAUUUUGUUUCUUAAACCAAUGAAGGAUGCUUUACCCUUUGUCAAGCAAGAGUCUGUGGUACUUGUGCUGAAACAUCACGUUAGUUAAAAAACUAAAGAAGUUGAAUUCCGCAAGUGAACCCUGUCUUAUUGUCAGGACAGCUUCUAUAUGCCCCUUAAACACAGUACAUAACCUCCUAAUCCGAAAAGAAUCGUGGACUUGGUUUGAUUUUAUUUAUGGUGUCCUCCC